AUGGGGCAGGGAGAGGCUUCAGCGCGGGGGACCUCCAUGGAGGGGGACUGCCUCAGCUGCAUCAAGUACCUCAUGUUUGUCUUCAACUUCCUCAUAUUUCUCGGAGGCUCGUUCCUGCUGGGGGUGGGGGUGUGGGUGCUGGUGGACCCCACAGGAUUCCGGGAGAUCGUAGCAGCGAACCCACUCCUGUUCACAGGGGUCUACAUCGUCCUGGGCAUGGGGGGUAUGCUCUUCCUGCUGGGCUUCCUCGGCUGCUGCGGAGCCAUCAAAGAGAACAAGUGUCUGCUGCUCUUUUUCUUCAUGCUCAUCCUCCUCAUCUUCUUAGCAGAGCUGGCUGCUGCCAUCUUGGCCUUCAUUUUCCGAGAACACCUGACCAGAGAGUACUUCACCAAAGAGCUGAAGAGGCACUAUCAGGGCGUCAACAACACCGACGUCUUCACUUCUACAUGGAAUGCCAUCAUGAACACGUUCGACUGCUGCGGAGUGAACAGCCCAGAGGAUUUUAAGGACAGUCUCUUCCGCCUCAUCAACCCGGAUCAUGUGGUGCCCGAGGCCUGCUGCCACCGCGCCAAUCAGGCCGGAGACAUGUCUUACAUCAGCCGGGAGCAAUGCUUAUCGGGAAAUAUGAUGUUCCGCAAUAAUAAGGGCUGCUAUUCUUCUGUGGUUGACUACUUUGAACUUUACAUCUAUGUGGCUGGAGCGCUGGCUAUCGUGGUGCUGACAAUUGAGCUUUUUGCCAUGGUCUUCGCAAUGUGUCUCUUCAGGGGAAUCCAGUAG